AUGCUGGGGGGCGUAGUUCGAGUUGGGCGGAGGCAGGAGGUGUGCCGCCAUGUCAGGAGCGACGCCCGCAGAACGUUCCCCCGGGAGGACAGUCGUGUUUGCGGGCUCGCAGGUGUCCGACAGCUAGCCUACCCGCGACAGGCCGAGUACCAGCCUGGCUGUAUUGCCCAGAAAACGGUUUCUGAACCGCUGCAGAGGGGGCUGGGUCUCAGCACCCCACCUCGCCGGGGGGCGGUGGAGAGCCGCGGGGUAGCCGUCCGGCCCUUUCCUGCCGCGGAACAGGAAUGCGGGGCUGCGGUGCCGUGUACCGGCACACCGCCCCGCUCCCUCCUUCCGCCCGACAUGCUGCUGCUGCUGCGGGCUGCCGGCCGCCGGCCCGCCGCCGCCUCGGCCUCGCUGCGGGGCGCCGUUCUCCGCCGCUUCCCCAGCGCUUGCCGCCGCCGGUUGGGUCCGGCCGCCGCCGUGGGGCCCCAGCAGGUUACAUCUUUCCAAGGAAUAGCUCUUCGCAGCCUCAGCUCAUCCUCCCCUCAUGAACACCCAGAACAUGGAAGAUUAGUUUAUAAAGGAAAUUUGGCAAAGGCAGUGUUAGGUGUCAAGUUUUUCUCGUACUCCACCAGCAUAUUCAACCUGUUCAUGAUGCCCUACAUCAUGCUCAAAACUGGGAUUGGGUUUGACAGCCUGCUGCUAGAAGCUGCCUUUUAUGGGGUGAUUGGAUUUUUCACCUUUGUGACACCAGUGACUUUGCAUGUCCUUACCAAAGGCUAUGUGGUUCGGCUCUAUUACAAAGAUGAGGCAGACACCUAUACAGCCAUCACCUACAAUGUCAUCCUGGCAGAGAAAGCAACUAUUUUCCAUCAGAAAGAUGUAAAGAUUCCAGACAUCACCAAGAUGUUUACAACAUUUUAUGCUAAGACAAAGUCAAUGCUUGUGAAUCCGUCGCUUUUCCCCAAUAUUCAGGAUUACAACCAUCUCAUGGGCUAUGACAAAUCCUUGUACUUUAAAUUAGAGGAGGAAAAGGAAGCUGAGGAAAAGAAAUGAUUUGAAGAUGGUGAAUGUCAGUAUGGCUGUUGAUGGUGCAGUGCUAUAUAUAUGAAUGUAGAAGUUUAUUGUGCUUUUGUAACUAGCAGGUAGAGUUUUCCCAAUGCAGUUUGCAAUGAUGAGCAAACAGCAUUUCUGUUAAACUCUUGUCAACAACGUGAUGGUUCUUAGAGUUAAUGGCA